AACGAUAAAACAGAUAUGGAUAAAACAGUAAGCACUACGAUAUUAGCAAUAGGAGACGAGACGGAAGACUCCAAUCAGGAAAAGCCUGAAAGGACAUUAAAAGAUUUGGAAGUCGAGUUCAAAAACUAUUUUAGUGUACUCCUAAUGGGAAAUCAUAAGCCCAAAGACGAAGCCGAUGGCACGUAUCCAUUGGAAUGGUUUGGCAUGGAAUCCUUCAGAAGAGAAAAUGAGCCUGUUCGCUUUAAAUUUUACUGCGUGGGCGCACAGAAAACAAAGCCCGUGAAUGCAAAUCCGUUUCACUUCUUCCAAACGAUCAAUGCACAGGCCUUGAUGCGUGAGGUGAGAAAUACUCUUAAGGAAGAACGUUGGAUAUCAAGGUAUGAGAUGAUUGGACCUAUUAAGGGCAAACUUAACUCAACUCGCCAUGACGAGGAAAUGUAUGUUCGACGCGCAGUCUAUGAUGCACUGAUUGCUGAAAUGCAUCGAGAAUCGGGUGUAUUGCUUCCCUAUUUACUCCAUCUACACAGGCAAUAUGCAAAAUAUAAUCCAAGACGUUAAGCCAUUGUUGCCUUUGACU